CCGCCCGGUAAAGCCGCCGCUAACGGUGGCCCGGCCACCGCCUCGGGCCGGCCCCUCAGGGCCCUGCCGCGCCGGCUCGGCCUCGGGACCCCGCCGGCCGUUCCUCGCCGCCGGUACCCGCUGCCGCAGGCCCGCAGCGCGGUGCCGGUCGGGCUGCCCGCCGCUCGCUGGGAGGGCUGCUCGCCGCGGAGCGCGCCCUGGUCUCGCCGGGCCGCCCCGCUCCGCAGCUCUGUCACGGUGAGGAUCGCCCCGCCGGCCGCCGGCCUGGCCCGCUCCCCAGCCCUGGAGCAGCUCAUCUCGCCUGUGGCCUUGCCAGCCAGCAGCAGCCCAGACCCCUGUGCGAAAGAGACUGUGCUGAACGCCAUCAAGGAGAGCAGGAAGAGGGCUGUGGAGGAGGAGGAGGAGGACCAGGCUUUUGGGAACGAUCAGGAGAGCAAGAGGAGGCGCCACGAUAGCAGUGGAAGUGGGCAGUCAGCCUUUGAGCCCCUGGUAGCCAAUGGUGCCCCCGCCUCUCUCAUACCCAAGCCUGGGUCUCUGAAGAGGAGCCUUGUCUCGCACUGCCCAGAUGACUGCUCAAACAAGAGGUCACGCACUUCUUCCAUGAGCUCCCUCAACAAUACAUAUGCUGGCGGGAUCCCCAGCUCCUCCCGCAACGCCAUCACCAGCUCCUACAGCUCCAGCCGGGGCCUCUCACAGCUGUGGAAGAAAAGUGGUGUGAGUGUGUCCCCGCUGUCCAGCCCAGCGUCCUCCCGCCCCCAGACGCCAGAGUGGCCUCUCAAGAAAGCCAGGGAAGAGGAGUUGCAUCGCUCCAAUGCUUCCACUCCAGUGAAAUCGGACAAGGAGCUGCAGACAGAGAAAGUGAUGGAGACACCGGUGCAGAAGAAGCAGAAUUCCCUGAGCCCACCGUCCACGUCUGGGAGCAACGGGAAGCGCAAGCGGAAGAUCCUGUUGCUGUCGUCUCGCCCGGGGGACCAGCUGGCGCUGCCCCCGCCGCCUCAGCUGGGCUAUUCCAUCACGUCGGAGGACCUGGAUGCGGAGAAGAAGGCAGCGUUGCAGUGGUUCAACAAAGUCUUGGAGGAUAAGGCUGUAGAUGCAGUCCACAGCACCACUGCAGAGACUACGCCCAUGUCCAGGCCUCUGGCAUUCACUGUGACCACCCCGGGUCCUACACCUGCCUUGACAGCUCCUGACCCAGCCAGCAACAGCUCGCUCCUGGACAGCCUGAAGAAGAUGCAGAGCAGCCAGGCUGCACCCACACCGGCAGAUUCCACUGGAGCUGUGGUAACGUCCCAGCCGCCUUCAUCAGCUGCACAGCCGCCCGCUCCUGCUGUAUCCCUGGAGUCAAGUUCUCUGCCUGCCACCUCUGCUGACACCAAGCCUGUGCCUGUGUUGAGCACGCCUGCUCCUGCUGCCCCCUCUGACUUGGGGGUGCAGACCCCCAGCAGCCUGGCAUCUCCUGCAUUCACAGAGCUGGGCCCGACCCCAAGCAAACCUCCCUCCUUCCCGAAGCCAAGCAUCCUCUUUGGGAUGCUGAACACCCCUCCAGCCAGCCAGUGUGCAACGACCACAGCCACUGCUGAGCCCACCACGACUGCUGCUGUGCCCACCACCACCCCAGUCUUCAAACCCAUCUUUGGUGCUUUGCCGAAAAGUGAGAGCACAACACCCUCUACAGUUGUCAGCUCCACCACAGUCACCGUGUCUGCGAGCUCAGGCCCUUCCUCGACAUCCUCUACCACCACUAUGUUCAAGCCUAUCUUUGGCAGCAUCACCACAGCUUCAUCUCCAGGGAAGGCCUCUCCUUUUGCCUUCAAACCUACGUCGCAGCCGGUCUCGAGCACAGAUCUGCCAGCAGCCUCCACGACUACUCUGGCAGGAUUCACAGGUCUCCCUAAUGUCAUCUUCACCACUGCAGCUACAACUGCCACCACACAGAGUUCCUCCACAGAUGCCACCAUUAAACCCGUCUUCAGCUUUGGACUCAACCCACCCACCUCCACCGGCCCCGCCGCCAGCCUGACUGUCACUGCUGCCACGUCCUCCAGCACCUCGCAGCCCUUCCUGUUCGGGGGCCCAGCCAGCUCAGCUCCCAGCACAGAAACCAGCUUUGCCACCCCAGGGCCCGUGUUCCAGUUUGGAAAGCCACCUCCAGCCACAGUCACAGCUACCACCACUGUCCCAGGAGGCCCUGCCUUUGGCCAAGCACCUUCAAACUCGACAGCUCCUGUCACCACUGUGGGCUUUAGUAUAUUUGGGAGCACCACGCUGACCUCUUCUACCCCAGCCACCACGGGUCAAGCGACGUUGACAUUUGGCUCCGUUUCGGCUUUUGGCAGUUCUUUCAGCACAAGUGCGAAGCCACCACCGCCGUACCCCAGCGCAGCGAGUCAGCCCGCCUUCAGUGCCGCUGCUGCAGAGAGCCAGCCGCCUGCCAGCAAACCUACCGCCGGCCCCGUCAGCUUUGCCCCCCCGUUCAGCUUUGGAGCCCCCACGGCCCAGUCUGCAGCUCAGCCAGCAUUCGGCAGCAGUGCUCAGCCGGCCUUUGGCACAACCAGUGCCCAGAGCUCCUUCGGCACUGGCAGCACCCAGGCAGCCUUCGGGACCACCACAUCGGUCUUCUCUUUUGGGACAGCCACCUCCACCACCACCAGCUUUGGUUCCACCACCCAGACCACAAGCAGCAGUACUGGCCCUGCUGUCUUCGGCACCACCCCAUCUCCUUUCACCUUUGGGGUGAGCGCCCAGCCGGGCCCCUCUGCCAGCGCCUUCGGGAUCGGUGCGCCGGCCCUGAGCACCGGCUCUCCCACUGUGGCCUUCAACUUUGGGGCUGGGCAGAGCGGGGCAGCUCCGGCGGCGGCGCCGUUCGGCUCUUCCCUGACGCAGAGCGCGCUGGGUGCGCAGAGCCAGAGCACACCCUUCGCCUUCACCGUGCCCAGCACACCCAACAACAAGCCUGUGUUCGGAGGAACUCCCAUUCCCACCUUCGGGCAAAGCACGCCCAUCCCGGGAGCAGUGGGGAGUGGAAGCAGUAGCCUUUCCUUUGGGACGCCCAGCACUCCUGCCUCGGGCUUCGGAGGAGUCGGCACUUCCUUCGGUUCCUCCACCCCCGCCUUUUCCAUUGGGGCAGGAUCCAAGAUGGGUGCUCGCCAGCGGCUGCAGGCGCGGAGGCAGCAUAUCCGCAAAAAGUAACCUCCGGUGGUGCAGGCCCACACCGCUGGCCCCUGCCUGCGCCUCGGGGGCUCCGGGCCAGAGCAGUCCCCGUGGUGGAACCAACGGUGACGGGGCGAGAGCCCUGUGUGAUGCCAGCCGGAGAACCGUGCUGGGUGGCAGCGACCAAGGUGGGAUGGAAUAAACCAAACUCUUCUUACUUGAACAGUUCCACAGCCAAGGCUGGAUGGACCUCUGUACAUAUCCACAGUGUUUCCUCCCCCACUUUAUUUUGCCAUGUUUCAUAAUGUGUAAAUUUUUCCCCAUUUGCUUCUUCUAGCUGUUCCCGUGCGCUCCCCCUUAGUCCUCUGACGCUCAGCCCCCUGCCCCUGUGGCACGGCAGCCAGCAGAGCCACAUGCUCCUGCUUGGAGCUUGGCCACUGGUCCCAGACGGCCGAGUGGUGCUGUCUUCACCAGGUCCUGACCUCUUUCCCCAGUGUUUCAUCCUGCGACCUGGUGAACACGCUCCCUCCAGAGGGCUCUGCUUUGUUGCUGUCCCUGCAGAACAUGAGCCAGGGUUAGUUCCAGCCUGGCGUGGGUGGCUCAAUGCCACAGUGAGCAACCUGGCUUCUGCAGCUGGGCGCUGACGCCCGCGCUGUGACUUAAUUUCCCAUCAGACCUCCAGCCGAGGAUGUGCCGUAGCCUGGGACCUCAGCUGGAGGCGCGGGGUGGGAUUAGGGGUUCCUCCAGUCCUCUUCUGGCCACUGGCUGCGGGGUCCCCCCACCCUGCUCAUGUGAAGCCCCCUCUUUUGCUUUAUUUGUGCUCCCGUUUUGAUCCACUCAUUGAAUCGAGUUUGGAGGAAGAACUGAACCGUGUGCGUGGCGGCAUGUUGGUUAUGCCGGAUUUGCUGUUUGGAGUUUCUUUUUUGGGGGGGCGCCAGUCCCUUGGCGGGGGACGCGCCCUGGCUAAUUGGGUGUUGACAGUAGCAUCACUGCGUGGCUACUCGUGCUGGGGGAGUUCUUCCGUCGCUGUCGUGACUGAAAGGCAGGCAGCCGGGUGGGGGGCAACAGGGCCUGGACCCCCAGGCACUGGGGCCUCCUGCCCUGGCAGUCUCUCCCCUCACUUUCCCUCUCUCCUGGUGCCUCUUCCCCACCUCAGGGGGCUCUGGAGUCACUAAAAGAGUCCAGAGCCACAUGGGUUUCCUUCCCUGCCCCCAAUCCAAUUUUUUUUUUUUUUUUUCCAUUUUUAGCUCAUCCCCCUUCUUUUUGGGUUUUACCAGCUCCCAGGAGCUACAGUGCUGCCUCCCCUCUCCCCAUCCAGCCAGGAGCGGGGCUCUUUGCUGCCUGGGAGCUCCUACGGGAAGAGACUACCAGAGCCCAGGGGUCACCCAAGAGCUGCCCCCCACCCUGCCCCGGGCAAGGGAUGGGCACUUCUGCCUGCAGGCUCCCCACCACUUCCAGGAGUGUUUUGCUGCCGGGUUUUUUACUCUCCGAGCCGUGUGAGUGUGUGUGUCUGCUGAAGUCUAAAUUUAAAAAAAAAAAAAAAAAAAAAAAAAAAAAAAAA